GUGUGUGUGUGUGUGUGUGUGUGUGUGUGUGUGUGUUCUCUUAAGACCCAAAUGUACCGAUGUACAGUGUGUGUUUGUGAAAUAGAUUUGUCUUGAAACCCCCAAAAAAUGGGAAUAGGCUAAAUGUAUAACAAAAGCGCUCCUGUUUGUUUGUUUGCUCCUUGCCCGGAGCGUUUGCAUUCCUUGAAGUCGUUUUCUUAAAGGGACAGGGAGAUCGCCUUCGGGCGCACGCCUCUUGCUUCACGAGCACUCCCUCUGGUUGUCAUCCAAUCCCAACCUGAUACGCUCACCUCCAGCCUAUUCACUUGUGAACUGUCAAAGUUUAAAGUCACUCCACAUCACAACCACCACCACCACCACCACCAGUGUCCUGGCCCCAGGGGGAAGUUUCCUUCAUCCCAGAAGCACUUAAUUCAUAGGACAAGUUCCAUGGUGUUCUACUUCCUGCCUGGAUCCACGUGCCAAAGUCUAUCUUCUCCUGUUCACAAUGAAUCUAAUGUUAUUCUAAUUGACUCUCAUUCGUUUUUCUCAGUCUCUCCCAGUGGACCUUGCAGCGCGUCCUGAUUACGUCUGAUAUCCAGGGCUACAUUUCUUGGUUUGCUGAGUCAAAUGUUGGGGAUAGACAAAUAACUGGUAAUAGCCUGUGGCAUGGGAGGAAACACAAUAAACAAUGGACUUGCGAGUCUAUCUGAAACUCCCCAGCUCUUCAAAAGGGUCGGUUGUGUUCCCUCCUGGUCCUUGCUUCUGCAGUCCGUGCAAGAGAUGCCUCCCUGCCCCGAGCUGGGGGCCAAGGACAUGUCGGGCGUCCGCGAUGCUCAGACGUGCCAGGACACUUCGGAGCCCUCGAGUUCAAACUCUUCGCCGCACAGUGAAUGCAAUGUCAAAGGAUUUCUCAGGAGAAAUGCUUUUAUUCUUCUCACGUCGGCCGCCAUUAUCCUUGGGGGCGUCCUGGGUUUUGCCCUGCACUACGCUGACAUGACAGACAUGGAAAUUCAUUAUUUCAGCUUUCCCGGGGAGAUGCUGCUGAGAAUGCUGCAGAUGAUUGUGCUGCCGCUCAUCGUCUCCAGUCUGAUCUCAGGCAUGUCCUCCGUGGACAUGAAGUCUUAUGGGAAAAUGGGGCUCCGUGCAGUUUGCUAUUACGUCUCGACCACCGUCCUGUCUGUCGUCACUGGCGUUGUCCUGGUCCUUCUCAUUCAGCCGGGCCAAUCCCCUGGCCGCACGGCGCUGUCCCCUGGUGGUAAAUCGGAGUCUGUGCAGACUCUCGACGCCUUCCUGGAUCUGAUCCGAAAUGUGUUUCCCCCGAAUCUAGUGGAAGCUUGUUUCAGAAUGUAUAAAACAGUUUAUUCUGAAACUCUGGAUGUCAUCAAUACGACUGAAAAAAGCAGCACGAUACCAACGCCGGGCACGGUCGAUGGGGUCAACAUUUUGGGUUUGGUGAUGUUCUGCAUCGCCUUUGGCCUCAUCGUGGGCAAAAUGGAGCAUGAGGGAAAACCUGUCAAGGACCUUUUCGACUGCAUUAGUAAAGCCAUCUUGCAUCUGGUGGGUGUAGUCAUCUGGUAUUCCCCGGUGGGAAUCCUCUUCUUGGUUGCGGGGCAGAUUUUGAAGAUGAAAGACUUCAGUGUUAUUGGUCGCCAGGUUACCAUGUAUAGUGUCACUCUGAUCGCGGGCCUGGCAAUCCACAGUUUAGUCUUCCUGCCUUUCAUCUAUUUCAUUUUCACACGCAAGAAUCCCUUCAGGUUCAUGGUCGGUCUCCUCCAGGCUCUCACCACCGCCUUUGGGACUUCAUCCAGCUCUGUGACCCUACCCAUCAGCCUGCACUGUCUGGAGAAAAAUCUGAGAAUGGACACACGGGUGACGCGCUUCAUGAUGCCUUUAGGGGCCGUCAUGACCAUGGACGGUACAGCUAUCUAUCAGGGAGUCGCUGCCAUAUUCAUAGCCCAGGUCUAUGAUGUGGAACUUAAUCUGGGUCAAAUCACCAUCAUCGGUUUAACUGCCGUAGUUGCAGCUAUCGGAGCAACAGGCAUCCCACAGGGCGGCAUGGUAACCAUGUCAAUGGUGUUGUCCUCAGUUGGACUGCCCCUGGAAGGCAUUUCAUUUAUCAUCUCGGUUGACUGGAUGAUGGAUCGUUUGAGGACGAUCACCAAUGUGCUGGCCGACUGUUUCGGUGUGGGCGUGGUGAACCACCUCUGCAGACACGAGCUGCAGAGCACUUCAGAAGAACGUUUGGUAGAAGAAGGGGAGGCGGAGAUACCUUUCGACUGAGAGGCAAAAACGACACGUAACCGCCCUUCAUGUUCUUCUUCCUGCAACACAUCAUAGCUUUUUAUUCAGGCACAAUUAAUGUUCAGGAAAAGAUGGCUCCAGUAGGACACUUGCUGCCCUCCUACAUUUACAAAAUGUUGAAAAAAAAUGAUGGGAGUAUAUCCCCGGUCAAUUUCAGCAGCAUUUUCAUGCAGAUUUUGUGUUAAAACUGAAAUUGAUGAUCCUUUCAGACAGAAAAUUGUAAAACUGCUGCUACUCUCUAGAAUGUUGAAGCAUUAUAUUAAUAUUAAUUAUAAUAUUUAAAAAAUUGCCAGGCUGCAGGGAGGAAUGCUGCUGUUCAGUGUUGCCUGUUUAGGAGGAACACAAACCCAGUGUAUCCUCAUUAAGUCAUUGUGAUAUAACUGCGAGGAAAAAUGAUUAAUGGUUGGUUUUUGUUUGAAAUGAAGAAGUUCUGAAUCAAAUAGGUCAUGCUAGAAAAUUGCAAGCAUUCCUUUUCCGAUUUGAUUGUUUUCAUGGUCAACAGAUAUGAAAAGAAUUUGUUCUAGCAAGAAUCAUGACGCUUGUUGGAUUCAUGCAAUUGGAGGCACAGAUUUGUU